AUGACAACUCAGUCUUCUACACAAGGAGAGAUUCCAGUAAUUGAUUUGACGAUAGAUACACCGUCUCAAAAUGAACAACUCUCAGCUGAAUUGCAACAAAAUCAUAGUUUAUUUCAUGGAAGAGCCAUUGAUGUGAUUGAUGUUGAUAGUCUUCCAGACCGCCAAUGUUCACAAAGACAUUUAGAAUAUUUUCAACCUCUUUCUUUUGAAUCAUUUAUAGAUUUGGGUGAUAUGUUAGUUUUAGGGCAUUCUUUAUCACAGAGAUCAUCUGGAAAUGCUGCAGACCAUUUGGUUUAUCCAAGAAGGAUAACACGUCAAGCAGCGAAUCAGAUAUAUCAAUGGGAAGACCAGAUUAUUCGAACAAAUGAUAGUUUUUUGCAUGCACUAAUGAACCGUAUGACAUCAUCGAGUCGAAGACGAACAAAUGCUUCUGUUCGUCGUUCAACAAGUUACCCUUAUUAUAUUCGAUCUCAUCAGGACCUUAUAUCUUCAUCUUUGGAUUAUGAUCAAUUGUUUGCAGAGACAGAUAAUGAGGUUGUAUCAAGAAAAAAUACAUCAUCUGCAUCUGUUCAAUAUAAAAAGCCUCCUGAAGCUAUGAAAGGGUUCACAAGGUCAUUAAACAGGAAUCAAAAACUUGUAUGUCCAAAUUGUAUUCAUGAAUUAGGUAUUUCUGAUGACCCUGUAAAAAAAAGCAUUUGGAUAGGGAAAUGUGGUCAUGUUUAUUGUGGUAGUUGUGCGUUUGUUUUUCGGUCAAUGAAAUCAAAAGGGCCUCAUGCUGCUAUUUGUGCAGUUGAACAUUGUCAUAAAAUUAUUACUGGGAAUCACAAUUUACGAGAAAUUUAUGUAUAA